AUGGCCAUGUGCUCGCUGGAGCCGGCUAGAACCUGCAGCCCCUGUGGCAGGAAGCGAAGCGCUUCCCUCAGCAUCUUUGCCCCUGCACCGCAGCAGCACCUGGAGCUGGCGCAGGGUGGAACCGGCACCUCCAGCCCCCCCUCCUCCAGAGCGGGGAACGAGGGGUGGCCAAGCACGCCAGGAGCCACGCUGGGAACAUCGCGUCUCCGGGCAGGGGAUCCCCGGGAUGCCGCCCCAGCACCCCCAGAGCCCCCGAGCCGCGGGGAUCAGCCGUGCCAGGCAGCCCCGGGCUGGGGCGGGGGACAGCAGGCGGGGGCCACCAUCCGGGACAGCCGCACGGACUCUGUCCCGGCCUUCAGCCUGCGGCUUGGUCAAUCCAGCAGGACCUGGUGGCCCCUCGCCGCCGCCCGGCGCUCGCGGCCCCGCGGGUUUUUGGGGCAGGAUUUACCCCAGGGAGACCCACGGAGUGGCUGGCAGUCCCACCACAGCCCUGCCUGGAGGCGCUGCUCCAGGUCCCCAAACCCACCUCCCCAUCCCACCGAGGUCACGGGGAUCCCUGCGGAAUCCUGCGCUCGGGGAUCCCCGCUGCCCAUUGCGUCUCUCCCGCAGGCUCCGCUGGGAUCCGAGGGCUGGCUGGGGGAGCCGCCGUCGCGCCAGGACCCGGCCAGCCAGGAGGCCAUGCUGCGGGUGCUGGACGCGGGGCUGGAGCGCUGCCUGGCGCUGCACUCGGCCGUGCAGUGCAUCCCCGUGCCCCGGCACAGGAAGCUCUCGGGCAAGGCCGGCAUUGAUGAGGUGAUGGCAGCCGCGGUGCUCACCAGCCUCUCCGCCAGCCCGCUGGUGCUCGGGCACCCACCGGCCACUCAUGCCCCAGAGCCUGGCAGCGAGGUCUGGAAGGAGGCUCCUGCCAUGUCCUCCAGCUGCAGCAGCAGCAGCAACACCAGCGGGGACUGGAGCUGGGACCCCUCCAGUGACCGAUCCACCCCCUCCACCCCGUCACCCCCUCUCUCCAGCCACGUCCCCAGCACCUUCCUGCCCGGCCCACUGCCGGAUGAGGGCCCUGAUGAGCCCGACGGCACCCACUUCGUCUUCGGAGAGCCCACCCCACGGAAGAGGAAGAACUCCACCAAGGUGAUGUUCAAGUGCUUGUGGAAGAGCUGCGGCAAAGUCCUCAGCAGCUCCUCAGGGAUGCAGAAGCACAUCCGAACCAUGCACCUUGGCCGGAAAGCCGACCUGGAGCAGAGCGAUGGCGAGGAGGAUUUCUACUACACGGAGCUGGACGUGGACGUGGACGCGCUGACCGAUGGGCUCUCCAGCCUCACUCCGGUCUCUCCCACCUCCUCGGUGCCUCCCGCCUUUCCUGGCCCCGAGGCUCCUCCUCCACCAGUGCUGCCCAUCCUCGACCUGGCCCUGGCCUCCCCCUGCAGCCCCCCGGCCCCCCCUGGCCGCUGCCACGUCCACACUGACCACGCGUACCAGGGCUGCCGGACCCCCCCACGACCACCGCUGUCCCCCACUGUCCCCACCCCACCACCACCCAAGCCACCGGCCGUGCCCAGGCGGCCGCGGGGAGAGGCCAAGAAGUGCCGCAAGGUGUACGGCAUGGAGCACCGGGAGAUGUGGUGCACGGCGUGCCGCUGGAAGAAGGCCUGCCAGCGCUUCCUCGACUGACGGAGCCCCGCCGCUCCCUCCUUCUUGCACAUUUUGCACUCGAGGUGCCUUCGCGCCCCCCCGGCCGCCCCCCCGGACUCAGGGAACGGCCCCCCGAAAGCUUUAUGCACACACACGGCCCCCCCCGCCACGGAGCUUGUCCCCCCUGCCUUUUUUUCCCUUUGAAAAUAAGCUAAAUCCAACAAUCCAACCCCGCUCCUUUCCGGCGGGGGCUGGCAGGGGGUGUCUGGCUGCUCCCGGCCCCCUCCCCACUCCGGUUUGGGGACCCCCCCACGGCUCAAAUAAGCUGUGCCUGUGGCCAGCGGGGGCUCGGAAAAGGGGGUGUCCGUUCCCAGCCCCAGUGCCCAGGGCAGAGGUGGGCGCCUGCCCCCCCUCACCCCCCCAGGGGGGGUUUUUACUCUUUGUAAUGUCAUUUCUCUCUCUCGUUUUGGGGAGCCCCCGCCGGGGCGAUGCCCCGGGAAGUGCCUGCAGGAAUGCGCCCAUUUGCACUAAGCCAAACUGCACAAAGAGGGGUCUUUUUGUUUUCCUUUACUUUUAUUUUUUUUUUUUCCUUCGUGUGGUUUUUAUUUUUUAAAUAAAAUAUAUGAAAAUCCGUAUUUUUACAUACUCCCUCCCACAGCACGAGAGCGCGUGGGCCACGGCGCUGCAGCAGCGGGGUUCCUCCAGCCAUGGGUGGGUUUCGAGGGGUUUAAUUCACUUUAAACCCCCUUUUUACCCAAAAAAACCCCCCAUUUUCUCCUCAAAACCCUUUCUCCCCUCUUGUCCUGUCAUUCUCCAGCCCAGGCAGCAGCUGGGGUUUGGCCAGGCCAUGCCACCCUGCUCCUGUCCUCAUGCAGGGAGGGGACAGGGAGGGGUGGUGGCCCUGCCACCCUCCUGCCCUGUGGGAAGGUUCCCUUUGCAUCAGGGAUGCCUCACUGCAGGGUCCCCCCUUGCAGGGGGUCAGACACUGCUUUGGCCCCGUGGGUCAAGGCUGGUGCUGUGCCCCUACUUGUCCCCUCCAGGGAUGUGAUGUAUCAGAUCCAAAAGAAAAAAAAAUAAAUAUUUAGAUUUUUUUUA